UAAACUUGGUAUGUUCUUGCAGAACCUGCUAAAGUGCCAGGCUGGAGUGGUUGGUGGGUGUUGGUAGCGGUGGUGUUGGCCAUCCUGCUUGUCUUCGUAAUUAUUAUGUGUGUUAUCUCCCACUACCACAGGCCAAAGUUAGAGAAAUACCUAGGUGGUAUAAACUUGAUAUCAGAAGCAAUCCAGGAGGACCUGGAGAUACAACUGCAGCCUAUGAGAAGACCUCUCUUGAUGAGGUCUGUCUCCUUGAUCAACACUGAGGAUCCCAAGUCUGCUGCACCUCUGAGACUGUGGAAUGCAGUAGCAUCAGGAGAACAAGAAGAGGUGGAGCAAGUAUUAGCAACACUAAGUCCAAGUCCCCAGGUGACACUUGAUGGCUGGGACACCUCACCUUACGAAGAAGCUCAUCGUCGAGGUCACAGUAAUGUCCUACGAGUGCUAGAAGGCUUUAUGAAUAAGCAGCCAGAUGUUCCACACAAUGAUAUGAUUCUGGGUGUUUUACAAGCCCAUACAAAGAAGAUAGAUGCAGUGUUUGCAGCAGCAAGUGGUGGACAGUACCGUUAUGCAGGUGGUGUAGAUGUACUACUUCGUGCUUACAGUCUACCAGGCACAAUACAGGACCAGCAUGGUCGCUCUCUCUUGCACUACGCUGCCUCUGUUAUGUUGGCUGAUGUAGGACCUCUCUGGCUGGCACCUGAUAUUAGGAGUUUGGUCGAAAGUCAUGGCAUCUAUGCUAAUGCUGUUGAUUUUAAUGGUUAGUGGAGAAUAUUGUUUGGUUUUACUUGGCAGUAAUUAACUACAUUUUUUCUUGAAGCUUAUCUUAACAUAAAUUUGUUUGUUUUUUUUAAUAAAUUAGUAAUAUAACACUCUUAGACACUGAUGAAACUAUGCGUCAUAUAUUAUUGAUGCAAGAUUAUAAAGUGCUGUAUUAUACAGUGUUAUCCAUUCCUAAUGCAAUAUAGGUUGACUAUCACUAAUCCGGCAUCAUUGGGAUCUGUAGGGUGCCGGAUUAGUGAUUUUGCUGGAUUACAGAGUGGUUAGGUUACAAUAUACUUAACCCAACAGCUGACCAUCUCAUGCUACCCUUAAAAUCAAGACAAGUUGGUUAACCCUUUCACUGUUGCAACCCCUGCUUGCAAACUUGCUCCCAGUGUUGAAGAAUUGAAAAAAAAAAAAUUCUCAUGAAAUUAUAGACACUUUUUCUGAAA